AGGUAAGAAUUAAAAACCGACGACGAAAUGAUUUUUUUGACUAUACGCGAGAGUCGAAGGUUUUUGAAGAUUUCGAACAACCGACUACGCGCUUUUCGCGCGUCAACCGACCGCGCGUUCGAAUUUAGCGGACUUUUGCGCCCGACGCCGAUCUCACCCUGUAGAUUCUGAUUUUUUUUUCUUUUUUUUUUUAUCCCCUCUCUGUUUCAGGGUGAGGUCCGAUGAAAAGUGAAGUCGAAUUUAUCGUAUAACCGGUUCGAAGCGCCCCGUGCGAAGUAUAAAAUAUAAGAAGAUAUACGCACGUGCGUUGGUUUCGGAUGACGGACUUGCGCGGCACUAGGAAAAUCGGUGGCGACGAUCGCAUCGCGAAGUUCGGAAGACGACUCGAUUUCGCGGGGGAUUCUCUCAACGAGGAUCGCGACGACCUACGAAAGUUGGAGGCCGCACUCCGCGACGCUUACGUGACCAAGGAACUUCGAGCACAAAUUUGCGAGGCGGAAGCCGCGCGAGUCGCUGCCCGGGCUCGGGAACAAUUGAGAUGCGACAUGCUGCAAUUGGCCGUUGAGGAGGCAACUAAUCACGCGGAGGAGAAUUCGAGGAGGGCGAAAAACGAGAGGAUAAAAUACGGAGUGGAACUCAUGGAGGUUGUGAGCGGCAAGGAGAAGGAUAAACUUCGGGAAAUCGAGUCGGAGAGAAAGGAGCGAGAAAUUUUGGAGGAGGUUUCGAAAGUGAUGGAGGAGAACGAGGAGAGACGAAGGAUCCUCGCUAAGAGGGAACUGGCGGAACGGCAGCUGAGGGAACUCGCGAUAUUCAGAGAGGUGAAAGAGAUACGCAGGCGGGAGGAGGAGGAUAUAUUGGAAGAGGAGAGACGACGGGAAAUCGAAUAUCUGGAGGAAAUCGACAGGAGGACCGAGGAACUGAGGAAGAAAAAAAUCGAGCAGAAACGCACGAGAGAUACGGUGGUCGAUAUGGUAGCCAAAAGUCUGAUCGAAGCGCGGGAAAAAAAGCUCGAGUUUGAAGCGAUAAUAGAGGACCUGGUGGCGGAGGAAAAAAUGUUCGAAGAAGAAAUGAAAUUGAGGGAAGAGGAGAAUCGACGGAGAAUAGCGAGGGAGGAAACGGCGGCGGCGAACGAACGGCACGCGCUCGUCGUCGAGGAGAGAAAACUUAGGCACGCUAUCGAAGAAGAAGAAUUCGCCAUUGCGGUGAUGCGGAAAGUCCUCGUGGACGCGAGGAUCGAGAGGCUCACGCGGGAGGCCAGAAAACGAAAGCAAAUCGAAUAUCGGAAAGCCUUGGAGCGGAUUAUACAAGAUAGGAGAAACCAGAGGAACGAGGAGAUGCACAGACUCGAGGAAUCUCUUCUUCUCGAACAAGCGCGAGAUUCGGAGCUGAGGAAACGUGUCAAGGAAAUGCGGGAGCGGCUGCUUCUCCGGCACGCCGGUAACGUCGCGGAAUUCAUAGCCAGCGGCGUUCUCAGCGCCGAAGAACGCGCUCUAGUUGCUAAUCUCGUUACGAAACGUGGAAAAUCUUCUGAUACGAAACAGUCGUAACGAAAAAAAAUCUUUACGACCUUCUCCACUAUCUUCGACGGGAAGUACACACCCUCCGAUUAUCCGAACCUAAGCAGCGCCGGUCAACGUUCCGGAGUUGCGAUAGCAGUAUAUUUUCAUUUUAAUUACAUUCCUAGAAACGAGUUACGACCGUCGAUUGCAGCGGCUCGGUAAUUAUUAAUCUUCGUUUUACGGAAGGAAGAAGCGGCUGGGCCGCACUAAAAAAUUCCUCCGGACGCCGCGGCGGGAAAAUCUAAGAGAGCUUUAAAAAAUGAAUCAACAACGAGGAAUCGGAAGAUCGUUCGACGAUAGCCGAGAGGAGCGGUAAUGGGCCCUGUACGUGAAACGGACCACCUUCGCCCCGAUGAAAAAUCGUUCGUCGGAAUUACGUAACUCGGUUACAUCUCCGUAGCCGGUCUCUCGCCACGUUUCGGAUGCAUCGCGUCCUGUACCGAUCUACUUUACGCCGCACACGCCGAAGCUGCGGAAGCGGCGGCGACCCGAGCGAUCAUCGCCACCGUCGCCUACGUUCUUUGGCGUUGCAAUAUUUACAAGAGAAUAUAGCUGCGUACCGCACUAAAUUUGCAUAAUGACAAAUCGAGCCGUGAAUAAAGUGCUUGAGUUUCUAAUUAA